AUGUAAAAAAUAUUGAACAACUUUGAAAAAUUGGAUAUUUUUGGUGUUCCAAUCUGUCUACUAACAAAUUAAGAAAAUGAAAAAUUUUAAAGUAAAAUUGGAGGAAUAGCAACAGUUUUAGUAAGUAGUCUAAGUUUAGUAUAUUUUUUUUAUGUAUUUAUCCUAUGGAAUACUAAUAAAUUAGCUCCAACUAUUAGUUCAAAAUAAGAAAUAUUAGACUACGCUGAAUUUUCAUUAGAAGAGUCUUUAAUUGAAAUAUAAUUGUAAGACUUUACUGGAGAUGUUGAUCCUUUCUAAAAAGAAAACAAUAUUAUUACUCCUCUAUUAUUUACUUUUUUAAACACAACAAUAGAAGAUGAACCAAUAGCUUUAUUUUCUAAUUAAAAUCUACCAUAUCGAAUUGUAUUAACUAACAUCACUUUAGUAUUAAAUUCAAUGUUUAAUCAAGACAAUAAUAAUUAUUAAUAGUAAAGAUAAUAUUCUCUUGUUUUUGCAAAAUGUUCAAAAGAUUAUGCUAAUUUAGGCAUUUAAUGUGCAGAUGAAAAUACAAUCAAUAAUUAUUUAUCAAAAUUUCAUGGAUUUUUAUUUUUAACAAUUUACUUAAGUAAAUUAAAUAUACACACAAAAGAGUUUGAAUAAUUUAAAAAGUAAUAUUACACAGGUUUUGAUACAAAUAAACCUUUUUAUUCUCAAAUUAUGUUAAAAUAACAAAAAACAAUUAUUGAUGAUGGAAUUUUAUUUAACAAUUAUGAACAUUACAAUUUUUUAAAUAAUUAUGAACUUAUUAGUUAAGAAACUGAUAAAAUUUUUGCAUAAAAUGUCGUUAAUUCAGUGUCAAAAUUUAAUUAUCAAUUUGAGAGUUAUGGUAAUUAUCUUUUUAGAAUUGACAAUAUUUCAGUUUAAGAAGAAAUUGUAUAUCCUAAAUUAGGGCAAGUUUUAGCAUAAAUAGGUUCAAUAAUUUAAUUAAUAUUUCUACUUAAACAUUUAAUUUUAUACUAUAACAAUUAAUUAUUAGAAAAUUUAUUAUUAGAAUCUAUUGUUAAAAUGUAUUACCCAGAAAUAAAAGAAUUGAAAACUAAUUUUAUUAAUUAAAUUUAAAAAUAUAAUGAAAAUGAUUACAAUAUGAAAAUACCUUGGGAAAGUUUUAAAUAAAUUCAUUAAGUAAUGUUAUAAGCAGCUCGAAAAAAAUGUCGAUUAAUUAAUGUACUUUAUGAGAUUUCAAGAAUAUAAUUUAUAUUAUAAGAAAAAUUCGGUGAUUAAAUACUAUAAAAAAGUCAUUAUAUGGGUGCAAAAAUAUCGGAAAAUAAAGUAGAUCAAAUGAAUCAAAAAAAAUCAAAUCAUUUAUAAAUCAAACCUUAUGAUUCUUUUGAAAUAGAAAAUUAAUACACUCAUUUAGAUGAGCUAGAAGUUUUGAUUCAAUAAAGAUGA